AGAAGCUAACUUCAGAUAGUUGACUAAAGUCAGUAAAAACGGUACUUGGUGACGAGACAUUUCGUUGUCGCGUCCCUCUUAGAUUCUCAAUUCCUCGGAUAGUAUCACGUGAAAUUUAGUGUCUAUUGUCGUCCAUCGAUCAACUCAAAUCUUACAUUUUCGAGAGCGAGCGCAAAAAAAAAUAACGUAUUUGACUCGAUAGAAGAAAAAAGUCAUCGCACAUACUGCUAUGGACGUGACAGUAGUGUUCGAGCUAUAAGCUCGUCUCUUUCUUCAUGGCAAACGGUGCAUUCUAGAUUAAUUUAUGGUUUUACUCGAUUAGCCUACUGAUUUGGUGAUUUGUCCAGUGCAAUGGCUAAAAAGAUUAUCGUGCAUGGUACAAAAUAUAUAAAGUAAGUGGAUAUAUUAGUAUUUCAAUUAUUUAAUAAAUCAGAAGAUUCACAAUGGAUUCUGAAGAAGAAACAUACGAUGAUGUUGAUUCUGGUAAUGAGUCUAGUGGAGAUGAUGUUGAUUUUGCAAUGGAAAUAGAGGCUGGAAAUCUAAGAGAACGGGCUACGGAUGUUGACGAUUAUCCAUUUGAAGUCUUAUCAACAGAGGAAAUAGUGCAACACAUGGUUGAUUCUAUUAAGGAAGUUAACACAGUUGUAGAAAUACCAGCCACAACUACACGUAUAUUAUUAAAUCAUUUUAAAUGGGAUAAAGAAAAAUUAAUGGAGCGUUUUUAUGAUGGUGAUCAGGAAAAGUUGUUUGCAGAAGCACGAGUCGUUAAUCCAUUUAGAAAGGGUCCAUUAAUAAAUAGAACUCAAUCUUCUCAAAGUUCACUAGUACAUAAAAUUCUAUACUAUUCACUAUGUAUAAAAUCAAAUGCCAGAAGAACUUCAACAAAUGGUACAGAAGAAUGUGGAAUUUGUUUUACUGUUCAACCAUCUGCAAUGAUGACUGGACUCGAAUGUGGACAUCGCUUUUGUACUGGCUGUUGGGGAGAGUAUCUCACAACCAAAAUUAUGGAAGAAGGAGUUGGCCAAACGAUUGCAUGUGCAGCACAUGCUUGUGACAUUUUAGUUGAUGAUGCCAGUGUUAUGCGUCUUAUAAAAGACUCUAAAGUGAAAUUGAAAUAUCAACAUUUAAUAACAAAUAGUUUUGUUGAAUGCAAUAGGUUAUUAAGGUGGUGUCCAUCUCCAGACUGUAAUAAUGCAAUAAAAGUGCAGUAUGUAGAAGCAAGACCAGUAACCUGUAAAUGUGGACAUACAUUCUGUUUUCAUUGUGGUGAAAAUUGGCAUGAUCCAGUAAAAUGCCAUUUGUUGCGCAAAUGGAUAAAGAAGUGUGACGAUGAUUCUGAAACGUCAAAUUGGAUUGCAGCAAACACAAAAGAAUGCCCAAAAUGUAACGUCACUAUCGAAAAAGAUGGUGGCUGUAAUCAUAUGGUGUGCAAAAAUCAAAAUUGUAAAACUGACUUUUGUUGGGUGUGUCUUGGACCAUGGGAACCACAUGGUUCAAGCUGGUAUAAUUGUAACCGUUAUGAUGAGGAAGAAGCUAAAGCAGCACGAGAUGCUCAAGAAAAAUCGCGAUCUGCAUUACAAAGAUAUCUAUUCUAUUGUAAUAGAUACAUAAAUCACAUGCAAUCAUUGAAAUUUGAAAGUAAACUAUAUGCAAGUGUAAAAGAAAAAAUGGAAGAAAUGCAGCAACAUAACAUGUCAUGGAUUGAGGUACAAUUUUUAAAGAAAGCAGUAGACAUUUUGUGUUCCUGUAGACAGACUCUUAUGUAUACUUAUGUUUUUGCUUAUUAUGUGCGAAAAAAUAACCAAUCUGUGAUUUUUGAAGACAACCAAAAGGAUCUAGAGGGCACUACAGAACGCCUCUCUGAAUAUCUUGAACGAGAUAUUACAAGUGAAAAUCUUGCUGAUAUUAAACAAAAGGUUCAAGACAAAUAUAGAUAUUGCGAUAGCCGGAGGAAAGUGCUUUUGGAACAUGUACAUGAAGGUUAUGAAAAAGAUUGGUGGGACUAUGUCGAAUAGAAACCUGAACCAACUUUGUUUUUUGGGCAUACGAGACAAGAUUUCACUGUUGACACUUUUGCCCCAGCUGUGAUAAAUCAAGAAAGCUGACAGAAAACAAAAAUAGAGCAUGUCAUCAAGUGAUUUACAUGUUACAUAUACUUUAAACGUAAUAUGAUCUGUGGCAACACAUAUAUCGUUAUGAAUUUUUGAAUUUAUUAAAAUUGAAUCCUAUUACCAUCA